CAGAAGUUGAAGACAAAUUCUGUUUUGAUUUUCAUUUCGCACAGCUAAGCUCAGCCUGUCCCUUUGCCUGUACCUGUACCUGUACCUGUACCUGUGCCUGUGCCUGUGCCUGACCCUGAGCCUGAGGCCACCCAGCCCACCCUAUUUUCUCCUUUUAUUUUCCCUUCUCUUCCUCACACACUAUCAUCCAGCCAUCCAUCCUCACAAUUCCCUUCUAAAUACAACCAAAUUUCAUCGCCCUUUGUUUCAUUUCCGGCGCCACUUUUCUCCUCAGGGAAACGGGGUUGGAGGAUUUCCAUUUUCUACGCUUCAAUUUGGAGUUCGGAGAACGAAAGCCAUGGACGCCAAUUCCUGGGCUGCCCGUCUCUCUUCUGCUUCCAAACGCUAUCAAUCAGCUCUUCAAUCUCGAUCUGGAAUGAAAUGGGAUCGUUUUGAUGCUGAAAUGUUGAUGGGGUUUGAGGAAAUGGACAUGGAUGAUGAUAUCAGGGAAGAGUAUCCUUGCCCUUUCUGUUCGGAAUGCUUCGAUAUUGUGGGACUGUGUUGUCACAUUGAUGACGAACAUCCAGUCGAGGCUAAUAAUGGGGUUUGUCCGGUUUGCACAAUGAGGGUGGGUGUUGACAUGGUUGCGCAUAUAACCUUGCAACAUGGAAAUGUCUUUAAGAUGCAGCGUAAACGGAAAACAAGAAAAGCUGGGACGCAGUCUACGCUCUCUUUGUUGAGGAGGGAACUCAGGGAAGGGAACUUACGAUCUCUGUUUGGAGGCCCCUCUUCUGUAGUUCCUUUGAGCAGUGCAGCUCCAGACCCUUUGCUGUCAUCGUUCAUCCUGCCAGCAGUUGAUGAUUUUGAAAGCGUUCCAUCGCACUCUUCAGCUGAUUUGGCCAAGAAAAAUACAUCUGCUAGCACUCUAGAAAGGAAAGUUCAACAACCUCCCAUGUCGCAAGAAGACCAGGAGGAGAAGGCGAAGCGGUGCCAUUUUGUUCAAGAAUUGCUGUUAUCGACUGUACUAGAUGACAAUUUAUAAUGAAAUGUUGUUUGCAGCUGUCGGAAAACUGGCUAUGUGGCCUCGCCACCAACCAUCUAUCACCUAGAGUUAAAUAAAUUGUGAUAAAAAUGUAAUUUAUGUUACCUGUAGAAUUAUUAGUUUGUAGGUCGAAGCAGGACGACGAAGUGCAUUUUGCUUUGGCUUUUGUGUCAAGAUGAUCAACUUACUGUACUUGUUCUCUGUUUCCUUCGUGAUUUUGUGCAUUCUUUUUAUCA